UUCAGUACUAGUUCUGGUAGGUUCCCAGUUCCAUGGGCCUCUCUCUUGGCAAUCAGCAAUCUUGUGUUAAUCAUUCUCCUUUAUCUUUUCUGCAGGCUCAACGGUUGGGUCAUAAUUUCAAGGAGGUCUUGGCAAGGUACGGUGAAGAUGAACUUCCCCUUAAAGAGACGGUUGCAGAACUAAUGAUGGACAGGACGAAAGAUGAUUCAAGCAUGCUACCAGGCAUAUUUCCUCCUGAGGUUGAAUACCAUUUAAGUUCCAUAUAUGUAGAUGUCAGCCGUCCCCAGGGGCGUUAUGGCACCAGAAACCAGUCCGCGUUGUCCGUGAAAUCAAAUGGGGAGGUCUGCUUUCAUGAAAGAUAUUUGGACAAGGAUCUCUGGAAAGAGCAGACGGUAACUUACCAAAUAGAGAUGGCAAAAUAGAUCAUCGGCUACACAGCCUACACUCAUGAGGAAGUGACUGAACUAGUGAUAAUAAUUUCCUUGUUUUCA